CUCAUCGGCCGGUCUACUAGGAAAUAUGAGCUAUGCCCUGCAGAUAUUUGAGAGAGACACGUUCACCACUGCCUUCAUAAAGAACCUGAUCAUGGUGCUGGUGUGGUUCAGCCUCAGCUACAUCAACAGCAUCGUGGUGGCCACUUUCUUCAUGAACCGUGUGUUCUACGGGAACCCACGCUACAUCCUCUUCAUCCACAUGGUCAUCAACGAUGCCAUCCAGCUCACUGUCACCAUCACCCUGUUCGUGCUGAGCUACAUAUUCUACACCAUUAACGUGUCCUUCUGCUGCUUCUUCAUCCUUGUGGCUGUCUUUACCACCAGGACCUCCCCAGUCAACCUAGCUGGCAUGGCCAUUGAGCGCUACAUCGCCAUCUGCAACCCCCUCCGCCACGCUCAGAUCUGCACGGCACACCGCACCUACACCCUUAUCGGCUUCAUCUGGUUCAUCUGUGUGGUGCCCGACAUCACCGACCUUUUUGUGACCUUGGCCACUGAGUCUUUGAGCUUCUUCCACACACGAGUGUUCUGUCUGAGGCAGAACGUCUUCAAGGACCCCAUUCUGACCUACAAGAGGCAAGCCUUCGACAUCAUCUACUUCUCCUGUGUCUUCUUCACCCUGGUCUACACCUACCUCCGGAUCCUGUUCGUUGCCAGGGUUCUGUCCUCAGAGAAGCAGUCUGCCCAGCGGGCCAGGAACACCAUCCUGCUGCACGGAGGGCAGCUCCUCAUGUGCAUGAUGUCCUACACCUCCCCCACCGUAGAGACUGUCUUGCGUUUCAUCUUACCCGGACACGUCCUGGAGAUUCGCUUCGCAAAUUACCUUAUCGUCUAUAUCCUCCCCAGGUUCCUCAGCCCCAUCAUCUAUGGUGUCCGGGACAAGGAGUUCUGGAAGUAUCUGAAAAGGUAUUUUGUUAGUGACCGGUGUAAGGGGAUGUUGCAUCGAGUCAAUCAUAGUGAAGAGGGAGAAAAUAAAGCAGGUUUAAAUAAAAAGUAGGUAGUGAUACAAUUUACAGUAUAUGAUAAAUAUUUAAAAAAUAUUAAAUUAAAAGGAAUUGCACUGUAUUGUAAAUAUAUACUUUGUAUGACUUUUUUGUAUAGGAAUAGAAUUAUGAUUUUU